AUGUACAGAGACUUGGGAAGGAAGAUGCUUCAAUAUUGUAAAGGUUUGCCAUUAGCCAUCAUUGUGCUUGCCGGAGUUCUAGCAAGAAAACCCUCCAUUAGAGAAUGGGAGAGAGUGUAUGAGAAUGUUCAUGAAUACAUAAGCAGAGGCAUAGGUCAUGAAGAAGAAUAUGGAGGUGUAUUACAAGUGUUGGCAUUGAGUUAUGAUGACCUACCAUAUUACUUAAAACCAUGUUUUUUAUAUUUAGGUCAUUAUCCUGAAGACUCUGAGUUUUUGGUGAGCAAAUUGACAAAGUUAUGGAUGGCAGAAGGUCUUAUCUCCUCGAGACAACAAAGACAUGGUUCGGGGAAAACAAUGGAGGAUAUAGCACGUGACUGCUUGAGUGAGUUGGUGGAAAGGUGUUUGGUUCAAGUGGGAACAAGUGGUUCAACUGGGACAAUUAAAGGUUGUCGAAUCCAUGAUCUUGUGCGAGACAUGUGUUUGUUAAAAGCAAAAGAGGAAAGCUUUCUCCAGAUUAACAAUUCUUUGCAAGAAAAUAUUUCUUUUGUGGCAGCCGAGGCAACACAAUUGGGGAAAAUUCGAAGACUUGCAAUUUACUUGGAUGAGAAGGCAGAUAAGUUGGUUUCUUCAAGAGAUGAAACAAAUGGGCACGUAAGGUCUCUAUUAUUCUUUGGCCUAGGAGAAUGGAGGCCAAUAAGUGAAAAAGGAUUACUAUCUCCGUUGAAGGAUUUCAAAGUGCUUAGAGUUUUGAAGGUUGAAGGUCUUGAUAAAGUAGAAGUAGAGUUGCCAAGUGAAAUUGGAAAUAUGGUACACUUAAGUUACAGCACAAAGGGUAAACUGGAUCUGUCUACUCUUGGCCAUCUACAGACCUUAUAUAACCUUUCAAGUGAGUAUUGUGAUUUGAAAGAUGUUGGUAGAUUAACCAAUCUUAGAAAACUGAGAAUAAGUCUGUCAAGCUCUUUGCAAAAUUUGGAGGAAAUCUUAAAGUCUACAGGCAGCACGCUUAACCGUAUCCGGUCUCUAAUUGUGAACAACAAUUGUAAAACGAAUGGUGGUGAAGAGCAAGCUAUGCAAAUAGUAUCAAGCUGUCGGGGUAUAUACAAAUUGAUGUUGUUUGGGCCAACCGCGGAAUUACUGAAAGAGCUCCACAACUAUCCAAACCUCACCAAGUUACAAUUGAUUAGUUGUGGUCUCAAGGAGGACCAAAUGGGAAUGCUAGAGAAAUUGCCAAACCUAACAUCUCUGAGCCUUAGAUUGAAAGUUUUCAAAGCGAAUACAAAGAUACUGUGGAUUAACGACGCUUCCAGAUGGGCUGAGAUAUCUUACUAA